ACCACUUCCGGUCCCAUUUUGAGCUCAAAAAUUUGUGGCGGUAUUGAGAAAAAAAUGGUUAAAUAAUCUGGUAUUCUUUAGAGAGGAAUGGCUCAUUAGGCGGGCUGAGGGACACGACGAUCUUCAGCAGAUCUGCAAGCUUGAAGCAGAGAAAGACGCUCGAUGUCUUGGGCUGAAGGGCAGGACAUCGCGGAGGACAUGGGCCAGAGCUACGAGCUGCUGCGCUGGCAGAACACGAUGCUGAGACAGGCGAACGCGGACCUGCGCCUCCUGCUGGACGUGGCGAAGGAGAACCUGUCUCUGCGCAGCCGCUUUCUGGGCUCCGACGGCAAGACUGAGCUCUCAGGAAAUAAAACUGUUAAUGCAACUGAAACCCUGGAUGAAGUCAAAUUCACAGAUAACUUGACUCGUACACCACACAGAACGUCAUCUCCCCUGAUCCUGAAGUCCAUGACUAAGGAAGCUGUGGACAGAAGCACACUUCACCAGGAGGAGGGUGCCUAUCAUUCUCAUCAGUCCCAUAAUGCUAAACGCCUGGAAUCGUCUGCCCAGAGGAGCCUGCACAAAAGCACCCUUCAGCAUGAGGACUUGCUUAGUCAGUCUACCAUGUAUCAUGAUUUAAAAGACUUGACCUCUAAUGAACCAGAGCGAUUAUUGGGGGAGAUCGCAUUUCAGCUGGACCGCAGAAUUUUGGCAUAUGUAUUUCAGGGGCAAUCCAGACUAUAUGGGUUCACGACACUCAACAUUCCUGAUAAAAUUGUUCAGGUGUCCAAGCAUCCGUUGACGGGGAAGGUGGACGAGGCGUACCGCUGCGCGCUGACAAAGCGUUACCUCGAACUGAUGGAAGAUCUUCAGUUUCUAGGCUACAGUCAAACUCAUCACCCCUCAGUCACAGAGAUCAUCAUAAAUACCUUUGGUGUCCUCAGGCACAGACCUGACAGCCACAGUGCACAGGAGUUGGGCUACACCAACACAGACUUUUUGCGCAAAAUGAUUAUCAGAAUAGCACCUCCAAAGAUGUUCAAGGACCUACUAACCCUCUUCAGCUGCCUGUGCUUCAUGGCCCGAAAGGACAACAAGCCCCUCUUCCUGUGGUAGUCAGUCAAAGUCUCAGAGACAUGCUCUGAUUUCUCAGUGACACGCACCAAAAAAAUGUUUCAGAACGCAGUGCUUCAGAUGAACAUGUUUUCCAUCUACUUAUAAAACAUUGCUCUUUUUGCACUGCUUAUAGUGUUUUGUGCCACAUUAUUUUCCACUGAGUUUCUAAUUGAUUUGUAUACCUUCCGUAGGUGCAUUUAUGGUUGGGAACUUCAGUCUGUUCUUUCAGAAACAAAUGACCCAACAAAUUAUUACUUUAGAGGUCAUAUUUGCUCAAGGAGGGAUGGGAACAGA